AUGCCUCUCGGCGACCCGGCAAUCCCGGAUCACUAUGAGGCGUCGGCAGGCGUCGUGCUAUCUUGGCCACCCAUCGUUGAAAGAUUGAGGGGCAUAUUGGAAGCACACGGAAUCCAGUCCCCGCUCGAGUACCCGACACGAUACGAGCAGCAGCGCGGCGUAUCCUCCUGGCACUGUUGCUGCGAGGAUAUCACGAACGCACCCCUCUCCAACGGCGUCGCAGACGUUCACCAGCACACAGUGUGGGAGUAUGUUGAGAGCUACAAGGAGAACAUACAAAACAUGCACCCCUUGAUCAGCCCAGAAAGACUACGCGUCAUGGUAACAUUGGUCUUUGAGACCGUGUCCAGGGCUUCCACCACCCCGACCGGCCGAGCCCUGACGCGCAGCCGUGGGUCGCGAGCUGGAAGCGGUGACGAGGCGCUCGCUGCGCCACCGGAGUCUCGCUUCGGCCAGCUGCCAUGCUGCGUCGAGAGUGCACUCGUCCUCAUGGUCCUCGCACUCGGCAAACUCUGUCUGCACAGGCGCGUGUGCGGCGCCGAGGCUGCAGAGAUGCGUGUCUGUGGCGACGUUCUCGGCUCGGAGUACUUUAGAACGGCGUACGGCAUCUUUUGUGCCCUCCAAGACGCCCCCACGCUCGAGCACGCAUGGUUUCUUAUUCUUGGCAGUCUGUACUACGACCAGGUCGGGCAGCCGGUCGAAAGCUUCAAUCUGCUGACCAAAGCCGGCGGCCACCUGCGAGACAUCAUCCAGCCCGACCUGGAGCGCUACAUACACAUCCGCGUGAGCGCCGGCGCGGGGCAGCCGUGGAAGCCCGGAGACCCUGCGAUGAGUGUGGCCGACAACGAAAAAUUGGUCGCAGCCUGGACUUGCCUGCUGCUUGAGAGAGGCAUCUUGACCGAAUUGCAGCUGCAUCCGUCCCGCAUGCUCUCGGGGCAGCAGCUGCCGUACCCCGAUGGCCUCGUGUGGCACAAUCAAGGCUUUGCAAAGAACGUUAUCGAGGCGUUCGCCUGGCAGAUGCACAUGUACGUCCUCGUCCAGGACGUGCGCCACGACCUAAAGGGCUAG